AUGUCGUCUUCUCUUCUGUUCUUCAUCUACCUAUUCUCCAUGGCUACAGCCGAUCAAUUCUGGGUGACUACUGUGCUUUCUGAAUUCAAAGUUCGUGAUCAGUGUGCGGAGUUCUGGAGUCAAUCCUCUGCGUGUUCCACUCCGUUGGUACGCAUCUCCACAAACAUCAAUCAGCCGACUCAAUUCGCUUCUCGUACAUGGAAAAUUAAUGACACUCGCAACUCGACCGAAAUCCCAUCAUUCAUCAGUCAAUGGCAUGGUUCAGCUGAUUCGAUUCGAGUUUCCAUGCAAAUCGAAGGCAGUAAUCCACUGAAUCCAUUCGGUCUUGUUGCAAAAUGUGACGAAGGAUUUCAUCCGAAAGUUCUCUUCAUUCACACCUCUGAUAAUGUCAUGGAACGCCUUUCUACCAGAGUCGUCAGCAUUAAUUCUCAGUGCUUCACCGUCAAAGUUCUCUUGAAAGUAGAUACAGUAUGCCCAUACUGUCCAACAACAACCACACCUCUUCCGACUACUUUCGCCGCAGAUUCCUUCAUGUAUACUCAUCGAUUGUCAAUCAUGGUUAUUCUUCUUCUGAUUACCUUCACAACCGUCUCUGUCAUUAUCUUCAUGUGUACAUUGAAUCGUUUCAUCCAACGAAGACGUGGAUUCAAGACUUGUCCAUCUCUGGAAUCUGGAAUUUCAACAAUCUCUCCAAUGACCGAUUCAACCAUCAUUUCCAUUGAGAAUAAGAAGACGGAAUUCUUUGAUUUCUUCGCUUUGAUGCCACCUGCCAUCGAUUACGAAGAGUUCGAUUUGGAUGUCUCAAUCGAUAGCAGAACACUUCCACGUCUCGGAUCCCUUGUCUACGAAUACUACCCAAGUAAUCUCGAUGUCAGUGUUUCGGACCCAGUCUUUGUUUAA